GUUUCACGCGUUUAAGGUUGUCGAAGAUUUUAACAUGGCUGACGCAGAAUAUAAAAUCAGUGUAACUGCUGCUGGAAAUGGUAGCCACGUGGGGAGUGCCAAUGCCGCCGGUUUCGUCCACGGUGGAAUGGGAAAUAGCGAGACCACAAACUAUAACCAAGGAAGCCGGAGCAUCGUGAACGAAGGCCAGAUAGGGAACAUAGCAACUGGUGACAACCACAGUGGCAACAUGACAGCGUCGGUUCCCGGGCAACAAGGAGCAGAAAGCAAGAUUGAUCCUGAAAAACUGACCCCAGGUGGACUAAUACAAGUUUUGAAGAAGCGCCACUGCACAGAUGCCACAAUUCAUAUUUUUGAGACACAUAAGGUUGACGGGCGAUUGUUCAUGGAACUAGAUGAUGAAUUUCUGGACGAACUGGGAAUUGACAGCAAGAUCGAACGAAGGAAGCUCAAACUUUUAAAGGAAGACAUCAACGGGUGAAUCGCUUUUUCAUUAUCAAAGAAGAAAGUGUUUAAUUUCCGUUGUGAAACUGAACUGUGAUGGGCGUCGUGAUUUGUAAUUAUUUGUAAUUGAGUUUUUGUAAUAUUCGUUGUCAGAUUUAGCAGAUAUAUAGAGAAUUUCACCCGAGUGUCUUUUGAUAUAAAAUUUAUCAACACGAGUUGAUAAAAGUGGAACAAACCCGAGGCUUGCUUUAUAUCUCCUGUGGGAGCCAGUUUUGGAUGAUAAAUACAAGUACAUGCAGUUAAAGAAGGCAUGAUGAAGGAUGCAUAUAUCACCUGAAUCCGUGUGGAACACGCCUCAUCGCUGUGGAGGCACCUCGCAGUGAAUAAGGUUUGCGAACAUGUUCAUUUCUCAUGAACUAUACAAUGACCUAAUAUCUCCCUGCUAAAACAUAUUUUGUGGUGUAAAAAUAUUAUUAAAAACCCCUUGCCUUCUU